AUGUUCAAUUAUUUUAGGCGUUCGCUUGAUGUUGUUAAGGAACAAGGAAUGAAAAUUGCCAGGGCUAAUCCUACACAUUGGGAUAAAGAAAAACCAUUACUAACUUUAAACUCUCGGGAAGAUCUAAAAGAAUGGGUUCUUGGAUGCGACAAGGAUAUAGGUGGAUAUUCGAAUGCAAACUUGGAAAUUACUCCAGAAGGAGUUGGAAGAUUUUCUGGUAGUAUUUCAUUAGAGUUACCAAAAAAAAAUCCAAUUAUAGAAAAAAGUGGGUAUGCUGCUAUCAAAUCAAUGAAUCGUAGGUCACUGUUUGGUCCCACCGAUGGACCUAUUCCAACUGAUUUAUACCAGCAUCGUUUAUUUUUGAGAAAACCUGGCGAAUGGGAAACUGUUAUGGGUAUCAUACAAGAUCCACAGGUAAUAAUGUACAGAGAAAAAGUUCGUACUAUUGGAUUUUCUUUGUUGAGUCAGCCCGGGCCUUUUUGUUUAGAAAUCGACUGGAUAAAAAUGAUGAACACUGAACAUACAGUUG